AAUGUUUCCUGCACGUAAGCACGACUUUUUGUCACGUCGAACAAAAGGAACUUGCCGAAUGUACAUAUGAUUCCCCUCAUAAUCCCCACCAUGUCAUGAAACUCGUUCAAUGGCUGGACGAAGAAGCUAUCGAUCUUCUUACACCAAAAUUAAUGCAUCCGCAUCCAAAUAGUUACACGUAUUCGAAGUGUCUUGCCGAAACAUUGGUGGUCAACGAGUAUCCUAAUCUGCCUUGCUGUAUUGCCAGGCCAUCAAUCGCUAUAGAAGAACCGUUACCAGGUUGGGUGGACAAUCUGAAUGGUAUUGUAGGAUUGCUCAUCGCUGCGGGCAAAGGUGUCGUCAGAUCAAUGCACUGCAACGGCAGAUAUCAUAUUGAAGUUAUACCGGUUGACAUUGCGAUUAAUAAUCUAAUUGUAAUUGCAUACAGAGUCGGUACCAAGCAGGAGAAAUCAAAAAGUAUACCCGUGUUCAAUGUAACACAAGGCAGAAUAACAGAGAUGACAUUUGACGAGACACUUGAAUUGGGUAGGCGUGUUUAUUACGAAUAUCCUUUUGAUGGACAGGUUUGGUAUCCUGACGGCAAUAUACGUAGCAACAAAUUUGUGCACAAUUUAUUCGUCUUCUUUUUCCACAUCAUACCCGCGUACUUUAUCGAUUUCUUAAUGCUGAUUUUUCGACAAAAAAGAUUUAUGGUCAAACUCCAGAAACGAAUUUCAGCUGGACUCGAAGUACUGCAAUAUUUUACCACGAGAAAAUGGAUAUUUUAUAACAAUAAAAUAACAACUAUAUUUGAUGAAUUAUCGCCAGAGGAUAAAAAAUUGUUUCGCACUUAUAUCGAUUCUAAUUCCGACAAAAUAGAGUAUACAAAGAAUUGUAUUCUCGGCGCGCGACAAUACUGCUUAAAGGAAGACUUGUCUUCUUUACCGAGAGCCCGUCGGCAUCAAAAGAUAAUGUACGUUCUUCAUAUUACAACAGUGUACCUAUUUUACUUCGGCAUAUUAUAUUACAUUUACAACAAUUUUGAGAUAAUGAAAAUCAGUCUGGAUUACAUCACGGAGAAAUUGAAAUUGCUGCCGAUUAUAGGCGGAUUUGUGGAGAAGGCGCAUUUAUAAGAAUGCAUUCUUUUCACGUUUACCGCACCAUACAUAUAUAAUUUACAACGCAACUAACAAAGAGCAG